AUGAUUGCUGAGAGCCGUCAGAAGAUCUGGGAGAUCAAUGGGGGUGACAAAAUCUCCCUGCCAAUUGUGAAGUUUCCACCAUUCAAAUUAAGAGCAGCAAUGGUGGAGAAAGAUCCGGUUAUAUGGUUACAUCUUAUAGAAACUUACAAUCAGUACUUCUCUUAUUUGAUGUCCAACGGAAGGCUGGAGCAGCUGAGUGACUCUACAUAUGAAAAUCUGUGCUUGUUUGUGCGACAUUAUCUGCGAGAACUUUCUGAGGAGGAGGGCAAACUUUUGAGUCUUGGGAUGAAUAAAGAUGUUGAAGAACAGCUACAAAUUUUGAGAAGAUGGGUAUUUUCGUUGGUCAAAGUAUGCGGUUUGCUUCACUUGCAGCUUUCUGGCGACGCUCUAUGGGAUUUUGUGAAGCUGUAUGUGAGAAAAAACCCCAAAACAGUGCGCUCGCUGGUGCAAGGAACAUUAAAGCCCGAGAUAAAUACGCAGAAAGCACUCCUUAACAGAACAUACCAGGUCCACCAGCAUUUAAAGCAGCUUGUGGAUACUUCGAAGUUUUCAAGAGUGGAUUUAAAAGCACUAGAAGGCCUGUUGUCCGAUUCUGGAAGCAAACGAACAAACUCGUUUGCAGACCAAUUUUUAACAGCAAAGUGGGUUGAGAUCAUGGAGAGCUGGUUCAAACAGGAUAAGCGGACCCUAAAGGCCACGUCUCGAGAACUAGGGAUCUUGACAUACAUGUGUGCUGGUGAAAAUCGAGUAAUUGAAGUAGUAUCGGAACUCAACAUCGCCACGCUAGAUUCGCUGCAGCUCUAUCCUUUACUGGCAGCUGUACUCUUGCAUCGCUCAUCAAGAACACAUUUCAAGGGUCUCAAGUCAAAGCUACCAUUCCUGAGACCAUUACUGGCCGAACACAAAAAGCAAAGUCUAGCGACUAUUAAAGCCGAAGAUGUAAACACUAUUUUAGAGCUUUUCCCCUUCUUGACUACGGGCCAAGCCGAGAAGAGGCUCCAGACAAGUGACGGUAAUGUGGAGGUGGCUAUUGAAAGUUUAUUCGAAGAUCCCUUAGAGUCUCAAGAGGAAUUAACAUUCGAAGACCCUGUAUCAGAACCGGUGCAAGGUUUAAAAACUACGGCAUUCGAGAGCGAGCUGACUCAAAGUGAUAAGGUCACAAAUGAGGAGGUUAACACUAAGCAUGUCCCUGACGAGGUGCGUAACAAGACUCUCACGAGGGCCUUGGCUCUUCUUUACCAGGCCGAUGAAGACGAAAAAGAUGAUACUUACGAUGACGCAGAAGCUCAGCCGGUGCGAGCCGAGGAUAAGGUUAGUGCAGAAAAUCCAUACGAUAAGAUCGAAGGGUAUUUGUGGGCAGUAUUCAAAGAAAAUCAAUCGCUGUUCGACCGCUCCAAUAGAGGAUCCAAGGUCAGGAAGGAAAUGAAGUCUGCUUCUUCCUGGUCAGAUGAGCAAAUUGAAGGCUGGGCGCGCAUGUUAGAGCGGAGUCCCAAAAGAGCACAGCUUCUUGAAGAGAAGUACAUGUUUAGAGGAAACGUUCGCGCUGGCAAGAAAGCAUUUGUCCAAAAUAAAGACGGCGCUGAUAGUGAUAAAAAUGAAGGGCGCGCUUCAAGAGAUGAGCAUAAAACACAGCCGAAGAAAGCGUCUGCUAAUGGCAAUGGGGACAAGAGUCGAUCUAAUGCCAAAAAGGAGAAGAACAAAUCGUCUAGAGCUAAUCACAACAGGAAAUCGGGACACGAUAAAAAAAUGUCCAAAGUAAUGCCUUAG